CUCACAAAUAAAAAGGGUAGCUCAAUGCACGAGGCUAAGGUCUGCCAGGGUCAGAUGUACGCAGCCUUAUCUCCACAAUGUGUAAAUGUUGAUUUUGCAGCUUUUGUACUUGCAAAUGACCCAUAUAAAUUUUCUGCAGUUUUUGAUGUGUCCCAGGUUAUGUUCUUAAAACUGAUUUUUUCUGCAGAGAUGCAUUGAUGGAAUACUCUGAGGAAAUAAAGAAAUUGAGCAGCAAUUCUUUGUUUGAGUUAUUGUCAGAGGCUCUAGGACUCCAUCCAAACCACCUCAAAGACAUGGACUGUGCCGGAGGGCUUGCUGUCAUAUACCAUUAUUAUCCAGCAUGCCCACAACCACUACUUACAUUAGGCACCAGCAAGCAUUCUGAUAAUGACUUCAUCACAGUGCUUCUACAAGACCAUUUAGGGGGCCUCCAAGUUCUUCAUCAAAACAAGUGGGUUGAUGUUCCCCUGACGCCUGGAGCCCUCGUCGUGAACAUUGGAAACCUUCUACAAGCAAGUGUUUGAUCUCUGAAUCUUCUAUUUUUUUCAGACUCUACUGGUACAAAUUUCUUUACAAUUCAUAAUUUCUCAUCAGUGUCUUGAUAAUUUCAGCAGUGAUUGAUAAAGUUGAAAGAAUGAAGAGUAAGCACAACUCAAAUUGCGCAAUGCACAAUUCUUUCCU